AUGAGCUCUGUUCUGCUCGAGCUGGCCGAGCAUUCAACGCUUCGUCAUGACGAUGCUGUCCUCGCUCAGGGACAUCUCAAGCUCUCCAUCUUGACCCUCCCGACCACAGCUGUGCAGUCUGCAGCCUCAACGAGCACGAGCACCGCACCGCCCGCCUACGAUGACGAUGAAGUGCUCGCUGUGACUGUGGACGAGCUGGAAGUAGCUUUGCCAGCAUCUACACGGAUCAGCAAGACUUCAGACAAUACAUACGCUUGGUCUUCGGGCGAAAAAGGCUCAUUGCGCCUGACGCUCGGCAAGGAUGUCGAGGCAGCGGACGUCGAGCUCUUUGAGAGCAUCAUAUACAGCCGCUGUGCGUAUGCAAGCGAUAAGUCAGCCGAGUAUCGCGGCCAGCUCGUCCUCGUCGAGCAAGGCUCAGGCCAAGUCGUCGGUACACUCGACAAAGACUCAACAAAGAUGACCGAGGAUGAUGCACUGAGCAUUGAUGAUGACGAUACCGCCAAAGAGCCCGUUAUUGUCGACUUUGGCUCAAAUGGCACGAUCACAGUAUCGCCACUUAGUCAAGUCACCGCUGGCUAUGGCCAAUCCGGCUCUCGACUGAUCGGCGCAGGCGAAUACAUCUCUCGAGGCGUCGUCUCUGCUGCAGAGAAGUUGUCAACAAAGAUGCAGACGGCAAGCGCAAACUAUGUACAAUCCCGUCCAGCGACGGAGACGCCGCUUGUCUUCCAUCCAACGGCAAAGACCGGCGUCGAGCGAGUCUACACUGCUUCAACGCAUGCAAAGACGAUUUCGGGCAAGACUUUUUCUGUCGUCUCGGGAGUAGCUGCAAGUAUUGGUGGCGCGGCAGGCAAGACGCUGGGCAUCCAAAGCGAUCCCACAGGGAAGCCGCCUGCUGGCUUUCGCGGUGUCAUCAACAAGACUGCCGUCGCCUUCAACACCGUGCUAGACGGCGUCGAAGCAAGUGGCAAACACUUACUGACGACAGGAACGUCGAGUAGCGCUGCCGUGCUGGGACACAAGUAUGGCAGCGAUGCAGAAGCGGCUGCCCAACAGCUUGGCGGAGCGACCAAGAAUGUAGCCCUCGUCUACGUCGACGUCAGAGGCGUUUCCCGACGAGCGCUCAUAAAAGCAGCCGGUAAGUCGGCAGUCCGGGCUCGCAUGGCCGAUGGCCAGCAAGUCACUCUUUCGAACGAUGCCACUUUGGCGAGCGUAGAGACAAAUGAUACGAAAGAGAAGCCGAAAGUAAAGGCAGCAUAG